GCAAUCUGAAGGGGUGAGAGAGAGGUAAGGGAGAGGUACAUACAGUAUAAAGAGAGGAGGAGUAAAGCAUGUCCUCUUCAAACAGACAACAAGCCAGACAGACCCGCAGAGCUGUUACGGAGAUGUGAGAGGGACAGGAGAGUCGUCAAAGAGCAUGGCUAUAUUUACCCGCUCCUUCUCGCCUUCAUGACAGAGCACACUCGUCUCGUGGUCUCCUGGAAGUUUAUGGACCUCUAGUUGUUUGCUUUGCCCGGUUAGUUGUCUUUAUCAAGGUAACGGGCCCACAUGGCGGAGAAUGGCGGCGUCCCGGUGCCGGCCAGGAGCUACAGCCGCUUCUCCUGCAAAAACUACAAACUGAUCUACACGGACUGGGCCAACCACUACCUUGCCAAGUCAGGACACAAGCGUCUGAUCAAGGACCUGCAAACAGACGUCGCAGACGGAGUGCUGCUGGCUGAGAUCAUACAGGUCGUAGCCAAUGAGAAGAUUGGCGAUAUCAAUGGCUGUCCCAAGAGCCGUUCUCAGAUGAUUGAGAACAUAGAUGCCUGCCUCAGUUUCCUGGCAGCAAAAGGAGUCAACAUCCAGGGUCUGUCUUCAGAGGAGAUCCGUAAUGGUAAUCUGAAAGCCAUCCUCGGCCUCUUCUUCAGCUUGUCCCGCUACAAACAGCAGCAGCAGCAGGCCCAGCGGCAGAACUCCCAGCCCUCUCUCCCCCAGGGCACACACCCUCCCCUGAGCCAGCAGAGCAGUUCCCCGGCCCAGCUCAGCCACUCUACGCAUGGGACUCCUUCCCUUACAGCCCAGAAAGCAGCACAGGCCGAGAUGCAGUCCAGGGAUGGGUCUCAGAGUAAACUGCUCAAGUUUUCCCUUGGUCAGAAAAAGACCUCUAGACUUCCCGGCCCCUCGGCGAGGGUAUCCACUGCAGGCAGUGACAUCCCUCCAAGAGGCUCGGCCAGUGCUGCUGGGAACAGACGCAGCCAGGGCUUCAGUGACAAGACCAAAGCCAACUCGCACCUGAACAAAGAUUCCUCAGAGGGCAUGACCUCACAGCCUUCGGUGAUGACUGAGCAUGCUCCAUCAUCUGCAGUGACCGUCAGCUCCUCCACCAGCAUCCCCGCUGCUACCUCCGGCCAGAUUCCACACCCAUCUUCGCUGUCCUCAUCCACCUCCUCCACGGCCAUUCCCCAGCCCAACAGCAACAGCAAGCCCUGGAGGAGCAAGUCCGUGAGCUCCAAGCACAUCUCUCCUUCUCCUUCCUCCACCAGCACCGCCGCAUCUGCUAUGCAUUCCAUCAAGCAGGAGAAGGACACCUCCUGUAAGGCUGAAGCUCCUCCAAAGGUCACCACUCAGAAGUCAAUGCUGGAGAAGCUGAAGCUCUUCAACAGUAAAGGAGGCUCCAAAUCUGCCAGCUCCUCCAACGGAGUAGGGGCCCAGACCGACAACGCUGCCCCAACCAGGCAGCUCGGAGCGAUGCAGGUGGAGAGAGCCGAGACGGGCUCCAACACCGAGCCGCUGGAGGAAGAUGAUGGCAACGUCCGGCCGGGAAUGAACGGGACGACCUGCGGAGCUGCUCCCUCGGCAAGUACUACUGUCUCCACAACUGCCAGCAGCCCCAAAAUCGCCCUGAGGGGCAUUGCCCAGCGCACUUUCAGCAGAGCUUUGACUGCCAAGAAGGGCUCUGUCAAAAGCACAGAGAAAGACAAGGACAAGGAGAGGGGGAAGGAGAAGGAGAAAGAGAAAGGGAAGGAGGUGGGGAAACGCAUCUCAGUCCCAGACAGGACAGAUCUCAGGGGGGACGAGCUUAAAGAGGAAGUAGCACCUGUUGCUGUAGACCCAGACAGCUCAAACAAACGGACCUCUAAAAUCACCAGCUUCAUUCCCAAGGGGGGUAAAGUGGCCAAAAAGGAGAGUUCCACCCCUGCACACAGCGGAAUACCAAAGCCAGGAGGCAAAGCCCCAGGAGUCGGGGGUAAGGCUUCCUCAGUGAAGGAGGCGGGGGAGAGGCCUCGGAGCAUGCGAUUAGGAGGGGGUCUCGCCAUGCACCGCGGCCCCCUGGACAGAGACAGGGACAGCAGACACUCCAGCUCCACUUCCAGCCUGGCCUCCACAGAGGGAAAGACCAGCGCCUCCCCUGUGGCAGGAGGAGGCACUACACAGAGCACAGCCAGCAACACGAUCAGCGUGCAGCUACCUCAGACUCAACAGCACCACAGCCAUCCCAACACGGCCACCGUCGCACCUUUCAUGUACAGAUCCCAAACAGACGGCGAGGAAACCGCGAACACUGAGAGCGGCUCAGGAGGAAGAGGUGGAGACGGUUCCUUCUCCAAGGCCAGCCAGCUCUCCAUCGAGGACCUUUCAGGUGAAGACCCAGAGACGAGGCGGUUGCGUACAGUCAAAAACAUUGCAGACCUGCGGCAAAACUUGGAGGAGACCAUGUCCAGCUUGCGAGGAACUCAGGUCACACACAGCACCUUGGAAACCACCUUUGACGGCAGCGUCACCACAGACAUCAGCAGUGGUGGAGGUGGAGGUGGAGGUGGUGGUAGCAGCAACAACAGUGGAGGGAGUCGGAGCAUCCUCAGCCUCACUUCGUCCCGUCCAUCCCUGUCCUCAUGGCGACUGGGCCAGUCCAGCCCUCGUCUGCAGGCGGGCGACGCACCCUCCAUGGGAAACAGUUACGGUGGCCGGGCGGCCGGCGGCCAGGGGGGGCGCUACCUGUACCCUGGGCACCUCCGGCGGCAGCUGGCUGGCAGGGGAGGAGCCCUCUGCAGCGUGGACCUCGGAGACAGGGCCGGGGAGGACGUUGACCUGGACAGCAUCGCCGUGGACGUCACUGGUUACAUGAGCGAUGGAGACGUGCUGACCAAGAAUGCUGCGCGCACUGAUGAUGUCGCAAGCGGUUAUAUGACCGACGGAGGUUUGGGUCUGUACACGCGGCGCCUGAACCGCCUGCCCGAUAGCAUGGCCGCCGUCCGAGAGACACUCCACCGAAACACGUCGUCAGGACAGGGAGAUGCUGACAGCUGGGAUGACAGCAGCUCUGUGAGCAGUGGCAUAAGCGACAACAUCGACACAGAUGACAUCAACACCAGCUCCUCCAUCUCCUCCUACGCCAACACGCCCGCUGCACAGCGCAAAGGCCUCAACGCACAGCCUGUGACGGAUGCAGAGAAGCACUCGGCCUCCACAGCGGUGCACCAGGCCUGGUCAGGUGACGAGGUGAAGAGGCCAGACGGUGGGUCAGACUGCGGGGUCAGCAGGAUGGAGACAGGCUCCAAGUGGAGCCGCCGGAACCCUUCCGACGUCUCUGACGAGUCGGACAAGGGCGGCUCGGGGAGGAAGACCCCCUCCGUGUCCCACACAGGCUCUUGGAGGAGGGGCAUGAGCACUCAGGUGGGGGUGACAUCACCUCGGACUAAAAGCACCAGUAGCACAGGCUCCGUGAGCUCCAGUGGCCUCAAGACCCACAGUUCAGGUAAGACAGAUGACGUCAAAGUGUCAGAAAAGGGUCGUCUCUCUCCUCGUCCCAACGGCCUUCACCGCUCGCCCUCAGACACAGGACGCAGCAGCGGCGAUGAGGCAAAGAAACAAUCGAUCCCCACCAGCCGCACCUCCACGACAAACGCCCUCACACACACCGUUUCAGACCCCCACUCCCAGACACAUACGCUCACCUCACACACCUCGCGCACCCCAACCAGCACCUUCGGCUUCAAGAAGCAGGGCCAUGGGAUGGUAACCAUUGUUACUGCCAGCGGCGCCACCAUCACAAGUGGCUCAGCCACCCUGGGGAAGAUGCCCAAGUCUGGGGCACGAUCGCUUGGAGGAGGGUUAAAGGCCAGUGGGCAGGAUGGCGGGUCGGCGCUGGGUCACCACGACGACGGCUUCCUCCCCAUGAGCGCCCGCUCCACACUGCAGUACCGCAGCCUGCCGAGACCCAGCCGCUCGGGAGCAGCCGCCCGCAACGGAAACCGCUCCUCCACCAGCAGCAUCGAGGCCGCCGUGCUCUCCGUCACGACCCACGGGAAAAACUCCAUCGGCAUCUCCAAGGCCAACGCCUCAGGAGGCCUGAUGGCCAAUCAGACGGAUCGGGAGAAGGGCGUCUCUGACAUUGACCUUCUCAGGAACGGAGUCGUGAUGCAGAGUGGAGGAGCAGCGACUGUUCCUCUGACUGGAAGACAGCCGGUUUCUUCACCGACACUGCGCAGGUUGUUUGGUGGGAAACCCUGUAAACAGGCUCCCGUCACCACGGCUGAAAACAUGAAGAACUCCACUGUUAUCUCCAACCCCCACGCCACCAUGAACCAUGUGGGCACGGUGCUGGAGUCCCCUGACGGAGGGCUGGGAGGCGUGGACAGCGAGACCAGCAGCCCCCUGUUUGGAGGCAGAGUGCAGGGAAUAGGGAUGGGGAUGCUGGGCAGCGAGCAGGCCUCCAGUCCCGGCUCAGUCUACUCCUCUACCGGCCCCUCCAACAGCCUGACGUGGGGCACAACCUUCAGCAGCUCCUCCGCCCAGAGCAGAGAGAGCACGCUGGGCGGGCACGGCGGGACAGGCAGCAGCAUGGGAUACCCCUCCGUCAGCAGCAUGCACACCAGCAGCGAGUCCAUCGACAUGAGUCUGGGCAGCGCCGGCCAUGGGACGCACAGGGAGGACACCCUGUCUGCUCUGGGCCGCGCCGGCAGCGUCAAGACCGGCAUGUCUGAGAGUCCCCUCUCCUCCCCCUCCGCUAGCCCCAUAUUCAGCCGAAACACGCUACCUCGGAAGCAGGACAGCGGGCCACACUGUGGUAGAAACACUCUGCCUAAGAAAGGACUCAGGUAUGGCCCGUCCGCACAGCUGCGAAGCCACGAGGAGGCCCGUGAUUGGCUGCGCUCCCACUCCACCAGCGGACUGCAGGAAUCAGUCGGUAACUCUCCGUUCUCCCCCAGCUCCAGCCUCACCUCCCCCUCGGGCACUCGCUUCAACUUCGGACAGCUCGCAUCCAGCCCGACCUCGGCAGCUCAGAUCAACCUCGCCGGUAUGCGCAACAACAGCCUGACCAAUCAGGACGGCUCCUAUGAGCCGUGCAGCGACAACCGGCUGAGAAACUCCUGCAUGUCGCUUGACGAGAAGACUCGCACCAUGAGCCGAUCGGGCUCCUUCAGGGACGGCUUUGAGGAAGUUCAUGGAUCAUCCCUGUCUCUGGUCUCCAGCACGUCUUCCAUUUACUCCACAAAUGAGGAGAAGUCUCAGUCGGAGAUCCGCAAGCUGCGUCGGGAGCUGGACGCCUCCCAGGAAAAGGUUUCCGCCCUGACGACGCAGCUGAGUGCCAACGCUCACCUGGUGGCAGCGUUUGAACAGAGUCUGGGCAACAUGACCAUCAGACUGAAGAGUCUCACACUGACAGCAGAGCAGAAGGACUCUGAGCUGAAUGAGUUGAGGAAGACCAUUGAGCUGCUGAAGAAGCAGAACGCUGUUGCUCAGGCGGCCAUCAACGGAGUCAUCAACACACCUGAACUCACGCCAAAAGGGGACAGGACAGCUGGCAGUAACGGCAGUUCACAGCAGCAGCAGAAUCCGCAGCCAGACCUGCGCAUCAGGAGGCAGCACUCCUCGGACAGCGUCAGCAGCGUCGCCAGCGCAACCAGCCACUCCAGCGUGGGCUCCAACAUGGACACUGACGCAAAAAACAAGAAGAAGAACAAGAAGAACUGGCUGCGAAGCUCCUUCAAACAAGCGUUCAGCAAGAAGAAAUCUCCCAAGUCGGCCUCUUCUCACUCCGACAUUGAGGAGAUGACGGACUCGUCGCUGCCGUCCUCGCCUAAGCUGCCCCACAACGGCACCACAGCCUCCAGCCACAUGCUCAGGAACACACACUCUAGCUCGCUAUUGUCUGAGUGUUUGGACAGCGAGGCGGAGACGGUGAUGCAGCUGCGCAGUGAGCUCAGGGAGAAGGAGAUGAAACUGACGGAUAUUCGCCUGGAGGCUCUCAGCUCCGCUCAUCAGCUGGACCAGCUCCGGGAGGCCAUGAACCGCAUGCAGGUGGAGAUUGGGAAGCUGAAGGUGGAGAAUGACCGUCUCAAGGUGGAGAAUCAGGGCAGCAGGAUGGGGUCCCAGGCCUCCAUCUCUUCCUCUCCUCCCCCUCACACACACAGCCAGGCCCAGGGGCCGGGGCUCUCCCAGCACAGCCUCAACCUCACCACCAGCGAGUCCACCAGCCUGGACAUGCUGCUGGACGACACCAGCGGAGAGGGAGGGAUGAGGAAGGAGGGGCGACACGUAAAGAUGGUCGUCAGCCUGGACAAGGAGAGCAAGUGGGGAGAGGACGGCCGGCCUCGUCAUUUUCUGAUUGGGUGCAUCGGUGUGAGUGGUAAAACCAAGUGGGACGUCCUUGAUGGUGUGGUCCGGCGUCUUUUCAAGGAGUACAUCACACAUGUGGACCCGGUGAGCCAGCUGGGCCUGAGCUCCGACAGCGUGGAUGGAUACAACAUCGGAGAAAUCCACCGGCCCAGCAUCCCCGGCGCCGCCCAAACGCCCGAGCUGCUGCCCUGCGGCUACCUGGUGGGAGACAGCAACACCAUCAACAUCCAGCUCAAAGGUGUGAGCAGUGAGAACGUGGACUCGCUGGUGUUUGACACUCUGAUCCCGAAGCCGAUGCUGCAGCGCUACGUCUCCCUGCUGAAGGAGCACAGGCGCGUCAUCCUGUCGGGCCCCAGCGGUACAGGAAAGACCUACCUGGCCAAUCAGCUGUCUCGACACCUGCUGCUGCUAGAGGGCAGACCUCUGACCCCAAACGCUGUCGUCACUUUCAAUGUGGACCACAAGUCCAGCAAGGAGUUGCGUCAGUACCUGUCGGGUUUAGCCGAGCAGUGCAGCGGUGUCUCUGGUGCGGACAGCCCUCUGGUAGUCAUUCUGGACAACCUGCACCACGUCAGCUCCCUGGGAGAGAUCUUUAACGGCGUCUUCAACUGCAACUAUAAGCACUGCCCCUACAUUAUCGGCACCAUGAGCCAAGCCACGUCAUCGGCCCCCAACCUGCAGCUUCACCACAACUUCAGGUGGGUGCUGUGUGCCAACCACAUGGAGCCGGUGAAAGGCUUCCUUGGCCGCUACCUGCGGAGGAAGCUGAUCGAGACUGAGAUUGGCAGCCGAACGCGCAACAUGGAGCUGGUAAAGAUCGUCGACUGGAUCCCGCGGGUUUGGCACCACCUCAACCGUUUCCUGGAGACACACAGCUCCUCUGACGUCACCAUCGGACCUCGUCUCCUCUUGUCCUGUCCCAUGGACGUGAAGGGAUCCAGGGUUUGGUUCACCGACCUCUGGAACUACUCCAUCAUCCCCUACAUGCUGGAGGCUGUACGAGAGGGACUGCAGCUGUACGGCCGCCGGGCUGCGUGGGAGGACCCCGCUGCCUGGGUGAUUGACACCUACCCGUGGUCAGCCACGUCCACUCCGUCUGAUUGGCCCCCGCUGCUGCAGCUGCGCCCAGAGGACGUGGGCUUCGAUGGCUAUUCUGUCCCGAGAGAAGGAGUCAGGAAAGAGCCACCUCAGAGCGACAGCGACGCAGACCCACUGAUGAACAUGCUGAUGCGUCUGAAGGAGGCGGCGACAUCGUCGAGCCCGCAGAGCUACGACAGCGACUCCAACAGCAACAGUCACCAGGACGACAUCCUGGACUCGUCGCUGGAGUCCACCUUGUGAUGCAACACGGGGACAAGUUUUCAGGAGGAACUUUUUAUAAGAACUGUUCUCAUCGGGAGAACUUCUUGUUUAGAGUAUAAUUCUGUGUCACAAAAUCCAGCCACCUUAAUUUGGGUGCAGGUAACCCAAAUAUUUAAAAAGAAGAAGAACAAAAAAAAAGGUUCAAAUUCAUUUCAGAAAACGGGCGACAAAAGGUUUCUACUGCACUGCGCUGUUUUUUGGUUUUGUUUUUUCACCGUUGUGGCCCGUGGCUCCUCUGUCAGGAGCCUGACAUCUACUUCAGACAGACAGAAUAAAAACACACGGUCUGUCACUGUUGUUAGGGUACUUAAACACCAGCCAGGAGUCCUCCGAUCCCCACUGAGCCUACAGCAUCGGCUCCAGCUCAUCGGGCUGAGAUACUCCUGGUCCUGCCCAGCUGCCGUGCGUCUGAGCAGGCUGCAGAUGGCGAUACAGACCCUCGUCUCUGGAGCAUCAGUGAGCCUGAGCUACCAGCCGCUGAGAACACAGAUGAGGCUGUUGGACGGAUUAACAGCCAGCAGGUUUUUUGGCUCCUCCUCUUCUUCUGCGGCUGAAGUUGCCUGUGUAAUUGCUGAAGGAUAAAUCGAGGCAAAGUGAAUGUUAAGUCCUACAGCGUGCCAGCUCACACUUCUAAAAACUCCUCGGAGAUCAUUAAUUACAUCCCAAACUCUUGACACUCAUUGGUUUUAUUCAACUCCAUGAAGGAGAUGUGUGUCCACAAAAAGCAACUAAGAGAGCAUUAAUAAAAAUAGUUCCUAUUAGUUACAACUCAAUGUUUUUGAGUUAAAUGUCUGCUUUCAAAUCUCUUCAUGCACAAAAAAACGAUGAGAACUGGUGUGUUAAAGUGCUCAUAUUAUGCUUUUUGGCUUUUCCCCUUUCCUUUA